GGUAAACAAAGCUCCAAGUCUGCCUUGGCUGACGUUCUUAGCGUUAAUUGCGUUAAUUUUUUUUUGCUUAUUGGGUGUGACUGCGAAAGUCACAUAGAUCUAGUUGCACGCUUUACAAGUACCUACGUCAUUAAGACACCAUGUAUGCACAAAGCAGCAAUAUAAUCAACAUAUUAUCGAGAAGAGAGCAUGAUCUGCGGUUUGGGUCGGCCGCUGAGCGGACCAUGCACGUCAGCGAGGCGCUGGUCAAUCGCCUGGGACUGAGGAGUGAGCUGCAGGGCCACAACGGAUGCGUCAACUGCCUCGAAUGGAAUGCGAAUGGAACACUGCUGGCCUCUGGCUCGGACGACUACCAGGUGUGCCUGUGGCAGCCGCAGCGGGAUAAACUGCUGCACACCAUUCCCACCACUCACAGCGGCAACAUAUUCUCCGUCAAGUUUAUGCCGGAGUCCAAUGACGGCGUGGUGGCCACAUGCGCGGCCGACUGUCACCUGAAGGUGAUCGACGUGCGCUUCAGCGAGGUGACCCACCAGUGCAGCUGCCACCACGGCCGCGUCAAGCGGCUGGCCGUGGCGCCGCACCUGCCCUACUUAGUGUGGUCGGCCGGAGAGGACGGGCUCAUCAUGCAGCUCGACCUGCGCGCCAAGCACCGGUGCCGGCCGGGCGGCGGCGGUGGCAGCGUGCUUGUCAACCUGCAGUCGCAGUGCGGCGUCGGCAGCGAGGCCAAGUGCGUCGCCGUGUGCCCGUCGCGGCCCGACCUGCUCGCUGUAGGCGCUAACGACCCGUACGUGCGCGUGUACGACCGGCGGAUGGUGCGGCUGGGCGGCCUGCCGGCCGGCGCCGCGAAGCCGGGCUCCUCUGCCGAACAGGAUCCCGUCACACCGGACGGGGCCGUGCAGUACUUCUGUCCAGGUCACCUGUCGCGGCCGGGGUCGGGGACGUCGGAGCGGCGCCGGCGCCGACCGCUGGCCGUCACCUACGUGUCCUACAGCGCCGACGGCCGCCACCUGCUGGCCAACCUGGGCAGUGAGCAGGUGUACCUGUUCGACACCGCCGAGCCGCGCCGCGUGGACGUCCUGGGCGCGGCGCCGCUCCAGCGGCCGCCAGACACGCCCGCCGAGACGCUGCCGGGCCGGCUGGACCGGCUGCGCCAGGAGGCCAACCUGUGUCACCAGCAGUCGCGCUACUCGGCGGCUAUCGAGCUCAACAGUCGCGCCAUCCGACUGCGGCCGUCGGUGGCCACAUUCUACUCGAACCGCGCGGCCGCCUACCUGAAACGCGCCUGGGACGGUGACGUGUACGCGGCGGCGCGGGACUGCCAGCGCACGCUGCAGCUACAGCCAGGCCACGUGAAGGCGGCGUUCCGACUCUGCCGGUGUCUGCUGGAGCUGGGCCACCUGAGGUCGGCCACCGAGGCGCUGGCAGCGUUCCGUCGCCACCACACCCACCAGGCCAACAGCCACGCCGUGCUGAUGCUGGAGCGAGACCUGAAGGAGGCCCAGUUCCACCAGUCCGGCGCCGCAGACCGUAACGGCGGCCCGCCGGAGCCGCUAAUCAAGAUGGAAGGUCUGCUGGACUGGUCGCAGGGCACACCUUCUGAUCAGGAGCGCUCCUGGCGCCGUUCAGCGGCCGACUUCGAAACCCGCUACUGCGGACACUGCAACACCACCACAGACAUCAAGGAGGCCAACUUCUUCGGCAGGGAUGGCCAGUUCGUACUGGCCGGCUCCGACGACGGCACCUUCUUCAUCUGGGAGCGGCACACGGCCUCGAUCGUGCGCGUGCUGCGCGGCGACUCGACCAUCGUCAACUGCGUGCAGCCGCACCCGCGGCUCUGCCUGCUGGCCAGUAGCGGCAUCGACAGCUGCGUGCGCCUCUGGGAGCCGCUGGCCGAGCACGCCGAGCAGGAGCGCGCCGUCACCGACACGGACCGCGCCGCGCUCGACAACCAGCAGCGCAUGAACGCCAACCCUAUCGACAUGAUGCUGCUCAGCUUCGGCGCGCGCGUGGCCACCGGCACCGACGACUCGGUCAGCCAGGGCGUGCCGUGCCGGACCAGCUAGGGCGGCGGCCGGCGACGGACGCGGGCGUCUUUCAGGUGGGCCUCUCUCGCUCUCUCUCGGUAGUGUUCUGGUCUGGGAGGGGUGGGGCGGGAGAGUGCGGAUGCAGGGUAACCCGGCGCAGGCUGGCGAGUGUGUGAUCUGUGGGAGGGUGCAAUGUUGAACCAAAUCAGCCGGGGCCGGCAGGCUGCCCGGCGGUGCGGAGGCCGGUCGGCACGCAGAGCUGCCACUAACCCGCCGUGUGCACCGUCGGUGGGAGGGGGGGGGGAGGGAGCGGUCAGGCUAGGACGGCAGGAGUCCUCGGGGGGGGGGGGGGGGUGAGCGGCACAGGUCUGCAGUCGCUCGCCGCGGGUGAAUCGUGCCCAUAAGUAUGUACUAUCGCGCUGUUUUGUUUGCGGUUCAGAUUGUAGAUUAUCCAAGAAGAUGGUAUAUAAUAUAUUGCAUUGUAUCUCAUGAUAGGUGCUUCGUGUGUAUUGGCUGAGCGUUUUCUGGAGGAUAUGUUAUUGUUACGGGUGAUUGUGGUAGUAGCACAUAUAAUUAAGAACGACUGGUUUUCAAUCGCAUACAGUUGGUGAGCGUGAUCGAGCUUCAUAAAACUCUUGAUCGUUUCACAGGUAUGUCUGUUCUCUUCACGCCUAACUAAAACUUUAGCAUAGAAAGGUUUGUACCUGAUUCGCCUGUCGAGUUUUCGGUACCAUUGGACCUCGUCCAUAAGACUGCUGUGACGACAAGAAUAAAUUAUAUCCCUGUAUUAAUAAAGCCUCUCCAUCCGUUUAA